UGACGGAGCAAAAAGCGACCCACGAGAAGGGUGAAGAGAGAGACGCACGAGCGAAUUCGCAUCGCUGCUUCGAAGAACGAACGGGAGUCAGGAGGAUCGAUCGAUCGAUCGGCCAAGGGCAGAUUGAGAGGGAACAAAGGAGUGGUGAUUCGGAGGGGAGAGAGAUGGUGGACGAGACGAGGAACCAGAUGAUGCAGAACCUCUUCGGCGAUCAGUCGGAGGAGGAGGAGGAGGAGGAAGAGGAGGAGGUCGACUCCGAGCACCACCACCACGCCGUCGCCGCCGCCAACCAUUCUGAUUACCAAUCGGAUGAAGGGGAAGGUGAGGCUGAGGAUGAUGAUGGUGAAGGUGAAGGUGAAGGUGAAAUUGAGGGGCAAGAGGAGGUUGAAGUUGAAAGUGAAGCUGAAGCAUAUAAUGUUGAUCUUGAGCAGGGAGAGAGUGAGGGGGAAAGGGUUCAGAGUUCUCCAGAAAGAGAAGUCAGUGACCCGAAGAUGGAAAGUGAACCAAAAGAUGCUGAAAGUGAAGAGGAAGGCUAUGGACAAAGGGUAGUGACUAGCAGGAGAAGAGAAGUGGUGGCCAGUGAGUCUGAAGGUGAUCGUGAAGAUGAAGAGAUGGACUCUGAUCAACACAGGCAACCCAGGUUAAUGAGUGAGCAAAAGGACCAUGAAGUUGUUCGUAAUGUAUUUGGGGAUUCUGAUGAGGAUGAACCAGCUGAAUAUGGUGGUCAAGAUGAAAUUGAGCAAGAAUUACAUAGAUCUCCUAUGGAGGAAGAAACAAACUAUGAGAGAGAGAUAAGGCCAGAAGACGUAGUCCCUGAUGAUGAUAUGCAGUAUGCUUCAGAGGAUGAUAAUUUUGAAGAGAAACCUAAAGAUAAACCAGUUGGCCCACCACUGGAUUUGGAGUUUUCAUCACAAGAACCACCAGGGCGACCUGAUAAGAUGAACGCUAUUAAAGUCUCUAACAUCAUGGGUAUUGAACCAAAACCCUUUGAUCCUAAGACAUAUGUAGAAGAUGAUGUUUAUGUGACAGAUGAAUCUGGUGCAAAGAAGCGGAUUCGCCUAGAGGACAAUAUUGUGCGCUGGAGAAGAGUCAAGAAUCGUGAUGGCACAGUCUCUUAUGAAAGCAAUGCACGGUUUGUGAGAUGGAAAGAUGGAAGCCUACAAUUAUUAAUUGGGAAUGAGGUUCUUGAUAUAUCAGUGCAUGAUGCACAUCAGGACCAGAGCCACCUAUUUCUUAGGCAUGGAAAGGGAAUUCUGCAAUCUCAAGGGAGGCUUUUACAAAAGAUGAAGUUUAUGCCAUCUUCAUUAUCUUCAAAGUCCCAUCGUUUGUUGACUGCUCUUGUUGAUUCACGUCAUAAGAAGGUUUAUAAGGUGAAGAACUGUAUUACAGAGAUCGAUCCAGAGAAAGAAAAGGAACAAAAAGAACGGGUUGAAGGCCAAACUAUUAGAGCCAAUGAACUUCUUCACAGGAAAAGGGAAAAAGUGAACCGCAAGUAUGCACAACCCGUCCAUAGAGGGCGGCAGCAACUUUCUCCAGGGUUUUUGGAGGAUGCACUUGAUGAGGAAGAUGAGGCAGAUGACUAUUACAGUUCUCAUCGGACUUCGGCUCAUAGUCAUUUUGAGGAAGAUUUGGAGGCAGAAGCAAGGGCUGAGAGACGCAUAAUCAACGCUAAGAAGUCAAAUGUACAUAUGAAUGCCCAACGAAAGCCAUCAGUGUCUGCUGCUCGCCAAUCAAGGCGCCCGCUUGAUGAAUAUUCAGAGAGUGAAAGGGAGGAAUCUGAAUAUGAAAGUGAUGGUGCGGAGGUUGAUCGGUCUCCACCGCAUGCAAGAGAUGAGCCAGACCACGAAGAUGAAUAUGAAGAAGAGGCAGAUGAAGAAGCUGCUGAUGCAAUCUCUCCAUCGGAAGGAGAUGAAGAUGAGGAGCCAAGGGGCAAGACGAAGGAAACCGGAAGCAGCUCUCUGAAACGCAAGGAGAUCGACUCUGACGAGGAAUCUCCUCCCAGAAAGACAACAGUUCAUCGGAGAAAGGCAGUUGUGUUUGAUAGCGACGAAGACUAACUUUUCUGUGACUGGUGGUGCCUCUCCGAUCUUUUUCCUAGGAAAAAGACAUGCUAGCAUAAGUGCACAUUCAUGCGACAAAGUUGCGCCAGGAUGAUUUUGGCUCAGAAGAGAGAUUGCAUGGAGGCGGCUUUACCACUUACAGUAUCUACACUGGCACACAAAAGAAUCUUCACAAACUUGCAUAUUUUUCCAGUAUAUGAUGCUUGUAAGACUUUUGAGUUCAUUUCUGAUACUACCUAAUGCAUUAUUCUUGUCACGUUUCAAUGGCAGGAAUUCUUGGAGACAAAUUGAUGCAGGUUCUUUCUUUUCUUGUUGCAGUUAGAACAUUCCCUCUUGUCAACAUAUACAUCGUGUUCAAACUAUCACAAUUUCUUUUUCUUAGCUGAAUUCUGCAUGGUAUUGAUAUUUA